AUGAUCCAACCCGAUUCUGACGAAUCGCCACUGAAAAACGACGGCAACUCCGGUCAAGGUCUGGAGGCAUCAGCGCUUGACAACUUCGAUACCCAAAGCCGUGAAAGUUCCCACGAUCCCGGUAGCACACAACCAGGCGACCCCGUGCCAGGCGCGGACAACGCGCUAGACAACCAACGAGACGAUGGCGGCCACGGCCCGGCCAAUUCUGAACACAACGACGAUGAUAAGCCAGCUUGGACAGAAAUGAAGACCAAGGCCGGGAAGGAGCGGAAACGCUUGCCGCUGGCUUGCAUCGCCUGUCGCCGCAAAAAAAUUCGCUGUUCGGGCGAGAAGCCGGCCUGCAAACAUUGUACGCGCUCGAGGAUUCCGUGCGUGUAUAAAGUGACUACGAGAAAGGCGGCACCGCGGACGGACUAUAUGGCUAUGUUGGAUAAGCGACUCAAGAGGAUGGAGGAUCGCGUGAUUAAGACCAUUCCCAAGGAGGAGACGCGAGAUAUGGUCUCCAUUGGCAGGUCGGUUGUUAAACCAUCAGCGUCGAAUCAGCCGUCAAAGGCGCAGAAGAAAAGAAACGCGGAAGAGGCUUUUGCGGCAGAAAUGAAUGAGUGGACCCAUGGAGCCGCUCGCCCGCCGCACGAAACGUUUCCAAUGAACCGAGAAGUAAAGUCCACCGAUGGGAGUGGACUUCUCACCGAAGGAGUCGAGUUUCUGCCAUCAUUGGAGAUUCAGGAGCAUCUGGCGGAGGUCUUCUUUGAUUGUGUCUAUGGACAGUCAUACCUCUUACUACACAAACCCAGCUUUAUGCGACGGCUCAAAGCAGGCAGCAUCCCUCCUGUUCUGAUUCUCGCUGUCUGUGCCGUAUCUGCACGAUUCUCCACACAUCCUCAGCUCAACUCCGACCCACCGUUCUUACGUGGGGAAAACUGGGCUAAUCCCGCCGCAGCCAUCGCUCUCAGCCGGCACGACGAACCGAACAUUACCAUUCUUACUGUUUUUCUACUUCUUGGCCUCCACGAGUUUGGUACCUGCCAUGGUGGGCGAAGUUGGUCGUUUGGAGGUCAGGCAUUACGAAUGGCGUACGCAUUGCAGCUCCAUCAGGAGCUUGAUCACGAUCCUUUGCUCAGUCAGAAGAAUGGCCAGGGAUCACAAUUAAGCUUCACUGAUCAAGAAAUCAGGCGCCGAACUAUGUGGGCGUGCUUUCUGAUGGAUCGAUACAACUCUUCCGGGAGUCAACGACCGCCUAUUGGCAAUGAAAAGUUCCUACAAAUACAGCUUCCCAUUAAGGAAACGCACUUCCAGAUGGAGAUUCCCGGUCCAACGGAAGACCUUGACGGGGACAUUCUGAAUCCCGCCCCUGAAGGUGCAGGCCAAUUAACCAACCCUAAGGAAAACAUGGGUGUAUCGGCGUAUGUCAUUCGCGCUAUCGUCAUUUGGGGCCGCAUUGUCGAUUACCUGAAUCUGGGUGGAAAGAGGAAAGACUCCCACCCACUUUGGCAUCCAGAGUCAGGAUACAUGCAUCUCAAGCGGCAAAUUGAGGAAUUCUCUGCUUCGCUCCCGGUUUCUUUAAUCUUCAACUACGAAAAUCUUCAGAUCCAUGCAGCGGAGAAGAUUGCAAACCAGUUCAUCUUCCUCCACAUCAUCAUACAUCAAAACAUGCUGUUUCUCAACCAGUUCGCCAUUCCGUUAUCCCCCGGAGGGCGGCCACCGAGAGACAUGCCGAAGCCCUUCCUCAGCAAUGCAGGACGAGCUGCGGUGGAGGCAGCGCAUCACAUCUCAGUCCUUUUCGAUCGGGCUUCAGCCUAUCCUCUCACAGUCCCUUUCGCGGGGUACUGCGCCUACUCGGCAAGCACCGUCCAUAUCUGGGGAAUCUUCUCCAAGAACGUCCAGCUGGAGGCACGGUCAAAAGAAAACCUUCGGCAUACGUACCGCUACCUCAACAAAAUGAAGAAAUACUGGGGCAUGUUCCACUACAUGGUGGAAAGUGCCAAAGACCGGUAUCGGCAGUUCGCUGAUGCUGCCAUCAAGGGUUCCGUGGCAGUCCAGAACGGCACGUCGCUAACCCCUAUGUUCCAAUACGGUGACUGGUUUGACAAGUAUCCUCAUGGUGUCUCGCGAUUACACUGGGAGGACCCGGAUACUCGACACAAAGAGACCGGUGAAGACGCAGUUAUGGGCCAAAAACCCGAUCUCCAGAGCGUGGAAGACUUCUUCGCAAGCCUAUCCCCGACACCGCAGCCCAGCCAACCCCGCAAAUCACGAUCUCGCAACAGCAGCAAACUAUCAGACGGAAUCCCAGGCCUGGACCAGACAUCGUCACCAUCAAUGAUGGAAGUGACCAUGGGAAAUGCCCCCAGCGUCCCGGGCAGUGCAUUCCCACAGCCACCAAUGUUCCAGCAAUCUCGGCCGAUGCCAUUCAAUCAAUCUCCAUUCGACUUCAGCAUCCCAUCAGACCAACUACCACAACUAGACCGGCAGUUCGUCUAUGGCUCAUUCUCCGAAUUCGACCCUACCUCCUUCGUUCCAAGCAACCCUCCUCCCAUCCCGCCUGUCAAUGGCGUCGACACCCAGACCACAGACCAAACACUGUUCACGGGGCAUCUGGACCCAGGCGCUCCCGCUGGAACUGGCGAGUUCUACCAGCCUAGCGCCUGGUUCCUCCCCUUCAAUCUUGAUCCUGUCGGUGGGAGUCCCGCGCCACACGUUCCACCCCAGGCACACGGCCCUGAGGGAGACUCUGGCAACACGCCGUCUGGGCUGCCUGUGCCGGAUAUGUCUGGCUUCGGGGGUGGUGGAAUAUCUUUCUGA